CCGGUUACCAGUAACCAAGGGAGCUCUAGCAAAAAAGCUGACGGAUUCUUGUUUACCUUUACCGACUGAGUUUGUAACUGGGGGGACCAAACACGAUUGCUGUUUAAAAUAAGCAGAAAGCUGACUAACCAAAGCACCUCUGUUAGUGACAGUUCCUGUUCGCCUUAAUGGAAGACACUCAUUUUUUAGUUGUGAAGUUAAUCGAAAGCAAUAACUGUUUCGUGAAAGUUGCUCGCAAAAUAUUGCAGAAUCAGCCGUUAUGCAUUGUGAAAGUUACGAUUGGAGGACAAUUUCACAGUCCACAUUAUUUCACGGCAUUGGGACAUGAUGACAAAAGCUCAGAAACAAUCCAUUUCCCUCAAGUUUUGGGACAACAGCUGGGAUUAAACAAUGGAUCAUUAGUGCCGGUUAGAUUUGUUAAAGAACGGCCUCCUGACUGUCACCAUUGUAAUCUUGUAUUAAUUGAGCCAAAAGGAAUCGGCAUCGAUGUCUAUAAAAAUGAAAUGACUGAUACUAUUUUGGACCAAAUACGCAUUGUUUAUCCAGGACUCGUCUUCCCUUUCUUAACAUCUUGCAAUACCAUUUUGAUUUUCAAAGUUACUCAAACAAAACCAAAUGUCAAUUUCUGUAUUUUGGUUCAAGAUUCUCUCCUUGAAAUUGGUCAAGAUGAAAAUCAAGCAUCGUUAAAAGUGUCAUCUGUCACUGGAAAAUUCAUUAGUUUUUUAUCGUUUUUUAACAAUUCAAAUAACACGAAUGAUGGUGAUGCCACUGACACAGUUGACUCGGUCAUUCUAAAUUAUAUUCUUUGUAAAAACAUCGAUGAAACGAUUACAAACACAAUUUUCAAUGUCUUACCAGCACCGUCCAAUUUAGAUGUCAGUUCUGUUCUCAACACAGUCUGGGUGAAUGCAGAACAAUUUGAUUUAUCUGGCGAUGAUUUUGGUGUCCUGAUUCUGAAUAAAUUAUUGCCACCUUGUGAAAAGUCAAAAAAGAAUGAACAGAAAAGAACUUUUGAUACCAUUAACAGACGAGCUGAUUCGAUAGAUCCACAGGAGGAAGAUUUGUUUCUCAGCACUUAUAUCCUAGUAAGAGGGUUGUCUUCUUGUCCUGUGUCUAGUAUUUACUCGAGUGAUAAUUUAAGAAUGCAGAUGGAUUUAUCACACAACUGUAAAAUAUUUUUUCAUCGAGGUAAAUUUCCAACUUUAAAUGAUGGUUCUCAAAUCAAAAUUCCAGCUCAAGAUUCAAUUCACUUAAGUCCUAUCAAUUUGCGAACAAUUGCAACAAGUGAAUCGAUCCGACAAUGUUUUAAGUCUUAUAUAUCAAAGCAUAAAAUUUUGAUGCUUUGUCGGGGCUCGUGUAUUGAGGUGAAUGGCCAAGGUUUCAUUAUUUCCUGUGAUCCCGAGAAACCAUGUAUUCCAAUUGAUGAAAAAAAUCUCGAUAAGUUGGAUAUUAGGAUAAAGAGUGUCAAUUUCAAACAAAUUUCAACAAGCUGGGGCAAACGUCUACCAUUAAUGAAACUUCCUGAACUCAGUGGUUCUGAAAUUAAAAGUGAAAUGUUGACCGUUUAUCUACCUUAUCCUUUUAUACCUUGGAUGGAGAAUCAGAUAAGCUCGGCUACAAAUUUUUUAAACCGCAUCUUAAAUCAGGAAAACUCAACCAAAGAAAUUAUCAAAAGGAAUAUCUCAUUCGCACGAAACGUUCUGUUAGUUCAUGGCCCCAAAGGCAGUGGGAAAACAUGUUUUCUCAAGCAUGUCAUUGAAUUAACUAAGCAAAAAUUUCCAUCAGUGUUCAUCAAAACUAUCCAAUGCGGAUCAUGGAAAACUAUAUCUUCACUUAAGAAACAAUGGAUCACACAAAUUGCUGAAUGCAUUUACGCCCAGCCCUCAGUACUUAUAUUUGAAGGCCUCGAUCAAGUAGCACCACACAUUUCAAGAUUAGAAGAGGUUCCUGGUGCUGAUACUAUCGCUUCUAUUCGGGCUUCAUGUAUAUUCUCAUCUAUUAUUAAAUCUUUUGAUGAACUCAACAUUAAAUUUGGCCAGAAAAUUGCCCUAGUCGCAACUUGUAACUCUCAAUCUUCAUUGAAUCCGAUUCUUACAUCAAUUCGAGGUCGAUCAGUAUUUUCUGAGACAAUAAAUUUGGAAAAUCCAAAUUUCGAGCAAAGGAGGCAAAUUAUCAAGAGUUUCUUAGAUCAUCAUACUGGUUCAAUCAACUCUACUUAUCAAUGGUUGGAUCAGAUUUCUUAUCGAUGUGAAGGAUAUUUAAUUGCUGAUCUAUUAAAUCUUGUUGACUCAGCCAUUCACAACAAAGUUACUACGAAUCAAACUGCUGAUAUUGGGCCAGAAAAUUUCGAAGAAGCUUUACAAAUUUUCCGUCCGUCAAUGAUGACUGAUAUUCGGAUUGAAAAAAAUAAUGGCAUUUCAUUCAAAGAUAUUGGCGGAUUGAAUGAUGUAAAAAAUUUGUUGAGAAGUACUCUUCUAUUGCCGAUAAAAUAUCCAAUAUUAUUUAGUAAAUGCCCCAUUCGUCCACCCAGAAACAUUCUUCUUUACGGUGCUCCUGGAACAGGAAAAAGUUUAUUGGCUGAAGCACUUGCUAGUGAAAGUAAAGUAAAUCUCAUCAAAAUUCGUGGACCUGAGCUGUUGUCUAAAUAUAUUGGGAAAAGCGAAGAAUCAAUUAGAGAACUGUUUGAAAGAGCAGUAAUCGCUAAACCCUGUAUAAUUUUCUUUGACGAAUUUGAAUCUUUGGCCCCUCGACGAGGACAAGAUACAACGGGAGUUACAGAUAGAGUUGUUAAUCAAUUGUUAGCUCAAAUGGAUGGAGUAGAAGUGAUUGAGCAAGGUGUUUAUGCCAUUGCAGCUACUUCUAGACCUGAUUUACUUGAUCCAGCCUUAUUACGUCCAGGCAGAUUUGAUAAAUAUAUAUGUUGUGAUUUUCCUUCAGAUGAUGAUCGUUUGGAUAUCUGGAAAGUUCUUGGUAAAAAUAUCAACUUUGAUGAAGGUUUCAAUCACAGUAUUAUUCCUGAAUUGACUGAAAAUUUCACUGGAGCAGAUAUAAGAGCAUUACUCAUCAACUCACAGUAUGAGGCAAUUGAAAAGCAUGAGGAAAAUGUAAACUUGACAAACUUACCAAUAAAUAACGAAGCGAUUAAAAUCAGCGAGAGCCACGUUUUAUCAGCAAAGUUGAAAACUAAACCGUGUAUUGAUUCAGUUAAACGAGCUGAAUAUCGAUUCAUAUAUGACAAGUUUUCGGGAAUCGAAACCUCAACUCUACCAAUGCAACAAAGAGCCACAUUAGCUUAACUCCUGUUAUUGUAUAAAAAAUAUUGCUACCCGGUGACAAUCAAUUAUAUGAUAAAUGCAACUAUUUUGUUAUUUCUAUUCUACCAAAUUAUUGGUACCAUUUAAUUUACAAUAAAUUGAAGUUUUGAUUAAA